AUGGCAAAAGUUUCGGCUACUGAAGGUUUGGCUCCUAAGCCCAUGGACGUUGGGGAAAUGGGAGACAACGCUGAGAACCAAUCAACUGAAGGAGUUCGUAUGAAGAAGGAAUUGAGUUUACUGAAUGGAGUCGCGAUUAUUGUUGGAGUGAUAGUGGGGUCGGGGAUCUUCGUGUCCCCUAGUCAUGCCUUACAACGUGCGGGAUCAAAGGGCAUGUCCUUAAUAAUAUGGGUUCUUUCGGGACUUCUUUCGAUGAUUGGAGCACUUUGCUAUGCGGAACUAGGUACGAUGAUUCCAAAAUCUGGUGGAGACUACGCUUAUAUUGCCGAGGCCUUUGGUGACUUACCAGCAUUCCUGUACCUCUGGGUGGCGUUGUUCAUCUUAGUGCCAACGGGGAAUGCGAUCACUGCUUUAACAUUUGCUCAGUACAUCCUAAAACCCUUCUGGCCAGUCUGCGAACCGCCUUCGGAUGCUGUUAUCCUAGUAGCUGCUAUUGUUACAUGUUUUCUCACAGCAUUAAACUGCUACAAUGUUAAAUGGGUGACACGUGUUCAAGAUUCCUUUACAGCUGCCAAAAUAUUGGCUCUAUUGUUGACGUUUAUAGCUAGUUUAGUGUACUUGUUCUCUGGGCAUACGGAGAAUCUGGAAAACAUCAUGCAGGGGACCAUCACUGAACCGGGAAGUAUAGCCAUCGCUUUUUACGCUGGCCUGUUUUCCUACUCAGGAUGGAAUUAUCUGAACUUUGUCACUGAAGAACUACAAGAUCCUUACAAGAACCUGCCUCGAGCAAUCUGCAUUUCCAUGCCAGUGGUGACGCUCGUCUAUACGCUCACAAACUUUGCCUUCUUCGCCGUGCUCAGCAACAAUGAGAUGAUCGGUUCAAACGCUGUGGCUGUGACCUUCAGUGAUAAAAUACUGGGAGUAAUGUCCUGGAUCAUGUCCAUCUUCGUCGCUUUAUGUACUUUCGGGUCCCUGAACGGAGCUAUAUAUGCCUCCUCACGACUCUUCUUCGUCGGAGCUCGCAAUGGACAUCUACCUUUAGCAAUUUCAUUGAUAGACGUUAAAAGACUGACGCCAGUGCCUUCCUUGAUAUUCAUGUGCAUCGUGACACUGGUGUUGUUGAUGUCAAACAACGUCCAGUCCCUGAUUGUGUAUGUGACCGGUGUGGAAGCUCUGUUCAUAAUCUGCUCUAUAUCUGGCUUACUCUGGCUGCGGUACACCCAGCCCGAGGCUCAGCGACCCAUCAAAGUGAAUCUCCUCCUGCCGAUAGCCUUCCUCGUGAUAGUCACGUGCCUUGUCAUAUUCUCUUGCUUCACACAGCCGGUAGAGGUCGGCGUAGGCGUAGUAUUCAUAGCUUUAGGCGUACCAGUAUUCUGUGUGUUCAUAAUGUGGAAAAAUAAACCAUAUUGGAUGGUGAAUGUGUGCAAUUCCUUCAACCUGGCCUGCUCUAAAAUGUUCCUGUGCCUGCCAGAGAACUCCAAGGAGUUAUAA